AUGGCGGACACACAGCCAGGACUGGUCUCACAAGCCAUGAAGCUCGUGUCUGACGUUGCCAACCGCCACCAUGUCCUCUCUAAGCUCGUCCCGCCCGCUCUCUUCCUUCUCGACGGCAUCCUCUGUGCCUUGAUCAUUUGGAAAGUGCCUUACACCGAGAUCGAUUGGAAAGCCUACAUGGAACAGGUGUCACAAUAUGUGUCGGGCGAGCGUGACUACACGCUCAUCAAGGGCGGCACCGGCCCGCUUGUCUACCCAGCAGCGCAUGUGUACACGUACACUGGUCUUUAUCACCUCACCGAUCAAGGGAAGGACAUAUUCAUGGCGCAGCAGCUCUUUGCGGUUCUCUACAUGGUCACUUUGGCUGUCGUGAUGGCAUGCUACUGGAAGGCAAAGGUUCCUCCAUAUGUCUUCCCUCUGCUUAUUGCCUCAAAGCGACUGCACAGUAUCUUUGUGCUGCGAUGUUUCAAUGACUGCUUUGCCGUCUUCUUCCUAUGGCUCGCAAUUUACUGCUUUCAGUAUAGGGCUUGGACCCUAGGCAGCAUUGCCUACAUAUGGGGCCUAGGCAUCAAGAUGUCUCUGCUUCUGGUUCUCCCCGCUGUAGGAGUCAUUCUGCUUCAAGGCAGAGGCUUCUCGGGCAGUCUGAAGUUGGCAGCAAUCAUGGUUCAGAUCCAAGUGGCCAUCGCCAAUCCAUUCCUCAGAGGGAAUGCUAGUGGUUACCUAUCACGGGCAUUUGAGCUGUCCAGGCAGUUCCUAUUCAAGUGGACAGUCAAUUGGCGCUUCGUUGGCGAAGAAGUAUUCCUCAGCCGCCCGUUCGCGCUGGGUCUUCUGGGUUUACAUGCAGCUGUCCUUGCUGGGUUCCUCGCCCAGAAGUGGCUCAAGCCUGCCCGAAAGCCCCUAUUCGCCAUCAUCUCACCUAUACUCCGGUUCCAGUCUCCCUUUUCACCCCAAGAAGAGCCAAUGGUUGCGUCCCAAAUCACACCGCAAUUCGUCACAACUACCAUGCUCUCAGCCAAUGUAAUUGGCCUUCUCUUCGCCCGGUCCCUGCACUACCAAUUCUAUUCUUAUCUCGCCUGGUCCACCCCGUACCUCCUGUGGCGCAGUGGUGCCCAUCCGGUCGUCCAGUACGUGCUGUGGGCAGCUCAAGAGUGGGCCUGGAACAUCUUCCCCAGCACACCAGCAAGUUCCGGUGUUGUAGUUGGUGUUUUGGCAAUCACGGUUGUGCUGUCUUGGGGUGGGGCCACGAAUGAUUUGGAGGCUGUUUCAGCAAAGCAGGUCUCGCCAGCAGACAAGGCAGCUUAG